AUCUCCACAGACAAUUAUCUUUUUAUUAAGUGCUAAAAAAUUAGGAAUUGCAUUUUCCUUUAUUUGCUAAAAAUAAUUUUAUGUUUACAAAAACAUAACUCACCAAAAUAGCAGAAAACUUCUCUCUUCCUUUUACUUGUUGACUGAGAAUCGUUUACUUUCAACAACUGCCGACAAUCAUGGCUGUAGAGUUGGUGGUUUGCCCUGUUGUGUCUGCUUCAGUUGAAUUUUUGCUAAAGAAGAUUACUUCUUCCGAUGUAGCCAGCUUCUUGAGGGGAAAAACUUCCUCCGGUUUCGACAGGCUUCUUGACAAACUAGAGAUUACGUUCCUCUCCCUUGCUGAGGUGCUAGGAGAUGCAGAGCAAAAGCAGAUCAGAAAUCCUAGAAUUGAGAAGUGGCUCGACAAGCUUCAAGAUGCUGUGGAAGAUGCAGAAGAUCUCUUCGAGGAAAUUGAGUAUGAUGCGCUCAAACUCAAGCUGGAAAUGGAGUCCGAACCCGAUAAACUCAAGGUAAGUAACUUCUUCUCCAAUUACAACACAACUGAUGAGAUUAGAAAGUCGGAUUUGGUGAAGAUUUUAGACCGAUUGGAUACUUUUAGUAACCAAAGGUACAUUCUUAAUCUUACCGGAGAUGUUGAGAAGAUUCAGUCACAGAGACCGCCUUCGAUAUCUUCCAUUAAUGAUUCCGAAUUUGUUGGUAGAGAUGUUGAAAAGAUCAAUUUGAGAAAUAUGUUGUUGUCAGAUAAGGUGGGUAGUGAGAAAAUAUGUGUAAUUCCAAUCGUGGGUUUGGGUGGAAUUGGCAAAACCACUCUUGCUCAAGCCCUUUAUAAUGAUUUUGAAGUUGAUAAGUAUUUUGAACUCAAGGCAUGGGUUAGUGUCUCAGAUGAAUUUGAUGUUUGUAAGGUAACAAAAACAAUUCUUGUAGCAGUGACUAGAGAUGCGUGUGCUGUUGAAGACUUGAGUGUUUUGCAAGAGAAGGUACAAGAAAAAUUGAACAAAAGAAAAUUCUUGAUUGUUUUGGACGAUGUCUGGAAUGAAGAAUAUGAUUUUUGGGAUACAACAAGGAUGCUUUUCAAAGUUGGAGCACAAGGUAGCAAGAUAAUUGUCACAACAAGAAGUGAAAGGGUUGCAUCAAUGGUGGGAACUACAGCAUCUUGCCAUCUUGGUGUGCUAAAGGAAGAAGUUUGUUUCGAGUUAUUAUUCAAAAUUGUAACGUGCAAUAAGGAAUUUUGUACGACAGAUUCGAACUUGAGAAGAAUUGGUGAAGAACUUGUUAGGAAAUGUAAAGGUUUGCCGUUGGCUGUGAAGGCAGUUGCAAGCCUGCUGCGCUUUACAAAUGUGAAUGAAUGGAAAAGAAUAGCAGAGAAUGAUAUUUUGGAUUUACCAAUUGGAGAGAAAAAUAUACUUCCAGCUUUGAGAUUGAGUUACCAUUAUUUGCCAUCACACUUAAAAAGAUGCUUUGUUUAUUGUUCUAUGUUUCCGAAAGACUACGAAUUUGAGAAAGAGGAGUUGGUCUUAUUAUGGAUGGUUGAUAAUUUAUUGGAGCAUUCAAGUGGAAAUAGGAGUAUGAAAGAAGUGGGAUAUGAGUAUUUUGAUGAUUUAGUGUGUCGAUCAUUUUUUCAAUCUACAAGUGGCUCAAGUAAAAGUGUUUUCACGAUGCAUGAUCUUGUAGUUGAUUUGGCUAUUUUUGUAUCUAAAAGAAAAUAUUUAUACAUAGAGAAAAGCAAGAUUUAUGACACCGGAUUGAUGAGACAAAUACGUCACAUUACAUUUGAUAAGUUCAGCUACCUUGAUUUCCAUGAGAUACACAAAUUAAUUUGUGAAGCAACUUCUUUGCGUGUAUUUGUACCUGUUGCUAAAUAUUUCAUCACUUCAACUACAACACUACAAGGUGUGUUAAAAGAUUUCAUGAAGUUUAGGUGUUUGAGAUUUUUCUCUUUAGCGGGUUAUCGAAAUGUCACUGAAUUGCCUAAGUCAGUAGGUGAAUUAAAACAUCUUCGCCACUUAGAUCUUUCUUUCACUUCAAUCACAGAGUUGCCCAAUUCUAUGUGCUUGUUGUACAAUUUAAGGACAUUGAAGUUAUCUGGAUGUAAGUAUCUCGUUAAGUUCCCUAAAAAUUUACAUCAUCUCAUUAAUUUGAGAUAUCUCGACAUGAGCAAGUGUAGAUUCCGUACCUUGCCACCACUUGGGCAAUUACCUGCUCUCAUAUCUCUCUCGAUUGAACAUUGUGAGGCAGUAGAAAUGGUGAGUCUUGAUUUUUACGGGACUGGUUCUUCGAAUUCUUUUCCAUUGUUGGAAUCUUUGACGUUCAGAAGAUUGCCAAAAUGGAAAAAAUGGUCAACACCAAAUGUAAAUGUUAAAGCAUUUCCAAAGCUAAAAUCACUUACUAUACACUUGUGUGAGAGUUUGAAAGGAGAUUUGCCUCCCCUCCUACCAUCUUUAACAAAGCUUCAUAUUUAUGAAUGUCCGAAGCUUGCUUCUUCACUCCCAGCGAUGCCAAAUCUUCAUAAAUUGGAAGACCUCUAUCUCAAGAAUUGCCACCAUCUUGACUUUCUACCAUCCUCUAUUUAUAAUUCCCUCCAAAAACUUGACAUUGAACAUAUUUCUGGCUCCUUUAAAUUGCUUCCUCUAAAUUCCUUUCCCAAUAUCAGGAUUGUUAGAGUUUGUGAUUGUAAAAAUCUAGAGUCUUUCUCACUAUCAAAUAACCUAAAUUCCCUAUUCAGUCUCUCCAUUGAAAGAUGCGCGAGGUUGAUUGAGUCCCGCAAUAAUUGGAAUUUACAAGCACUUCCUAAUCUGACAAGCUUUAGUAUUGGAGAUUAUGAACUUGACCCUAUGGAGAUCUUUCUAGAGCAAGGGUUGCUUCCGACUAGCCUUACUUCCCUUGUGAUCCGUGGUAUUGCUGGUCUUGAAACCUUAGAAGGGAUGUGGUUUCAAGAACUCGAAUCUUUGAAAAGACUAUGCAUCUAUGAUUGCCCCAACUUGCAAUCACUUCCAGUAGAAGGGCUGCCACCCUCUAGAAGAGGUUUACUGCCACCUUCUUUUGAAAGUUUCUUUAUGAAAGGUUGCCCUUUGCUGGAAGCAAAGUAUGAGUGGGAGGAAGGUAACGAUUUGGGUUGGGAGAUUAGUUGCAUCUCUCAGCCUCAAGUGCCAUCAUUGAAUAGCUUAAUCCAUUCAUAGGACCAUAGCAGCAGCCUACUCACGCCACUCGCUGCCAACACUAUUCUUCCUCUCUGCUCUCUGUUGCCCACUGUUUUUUUUGCUGGUGGCAAAGAAAAACUUGGACCCAAAUGUCCCAUCUCAAUAGAAUGGGACUUUAGAGGCUGCAAAUUCCAAUGAUAAGCCAUCUGAACAGAGUGAGACUUUAGAUGAAAAAUAUGACAAAGUGUUGUGUUUCAACUUCCUCUUUUGCAGUAGCUACAAAGAAGAAAAAUAAAAACAAGUGAGGACACUUUUGGAGGGUUUAUGUAUAUAAUAUUCAAUAUUCAUCUUAUAUUCAUAGGUAUUCUCACUUUGACAGGGUCUUACCGAAAUCGGAUUUCCUCUUCGUGCCAUAUUGCAAUUCCAAUAUGUAGAUUGGAUUAUGGAACUCAUCUCAUGUUGACUGUAAUAUAUUAGUUUUACUUUUAUGUGUUGUCCACAUAUAAUUUCAAGAUGGUGUCUACACUAAAAAAUGGUAGACAAUGGUUACAGUUUCAGUAUAUUCUUUCAUCAUCAUCAUAUUGCUUCUCAA